CCCGGGGUUAAGGGUGAAAGGUUACAUCCAAUAUGGCCGCCAAUAAACGAGUGCUGUAUGUUGGUGGUCUGGCAGAGGAGGUGGACGAGAAGGUGUUACAUGCAGCCUUUAUCCCAUUUGGAGACAUCACAGACAUCCAGAUACCGUUAGACUAUGAAACAGAAAAGCACAGAGGAUUUGCUUUCAUUGAGUUUGAACUGGCAGAGGAUGCUGCAGCAGCUAUUGAUAACAUGAAUGAGUCUGAGCUUUUUGGACGAACUGUCCGAGUCAACAUCGCCAAACCCAUGAGAAUCAAAGAAGGUUCUUCUCGACCAGUAUGGUCGGAUGAUGACUGGCUGAAGAAGUUCUCAGGGAAGACCUCUGAGGAGGCUGAGGCGGAGGCAGCAGGUGGAGAAACAACCACCAUGGCAACACCAGAGUCUGAGCCCCCAGCUAAAAAGGGCAGAGUUAAUCCCCGGGUCUACAUGGACAUCAAGAUCGGCAACAAACCGGCAGGGAGACUAUGCUUCCUCCUGCGGGCUGACAUCGUUCCUAUGACUGCAGAGAACUUCCGCUGCUUGUGCACACAUGAGAAAGGCUUCGGCUACAAGGGCAGCAGCUUCCACCGCAUCAUCCCUGAGUUCAUGUGCCAAGGAGGCGACUUCACCAACCACAAUGGCACAGGCGGCAAAUCCAUCUACGGCCACAAGUUCGAUGAUGAAAACUUUGUCCUCAAACACACCGCUCCAGGGCAGCUCUCCAUGGCCAACUCCGGGCCAAAAACGAAUGGCUCUCAGUUCUUCAUCACCACUGACAAAACAGACUGGCUGGAUGGCAAACAUGUGGUGUUCGGAGAGCUGGUGGAGGGGAUGGAUGUGCUCCGUGCCAUGGAGGCGCAGGGGACAAAGAGUGGGAAGCCGAAGCAGAAAGUGAUCAUCUCAGACUGUGGGGAAUACGUGUGAAAGAAAAAAAAAAAAAAAGUGUGUGCUUGAUAUUUCUGUGUGUAUGUAUGGAGGCUGUGUA